CUAACAAGUCUUGCUGCCAGGUUCCUGAGGGGUCCUUGCUGGGAAAAAUUAAAACCAAACCUCAGACCUCUCUGUCAGCUUGAAGAAUUAUAUUUUUGCCAGUCUUUGGAGCGGAUAGGAAAUGACCCUUUCACAAACUGAUUUUUUAAAAACAAGUUUUUCUGCCUAGUGCUAUCCAGUCUUUCUCUUGCAGUAGAGGGCUCCCAGAGCAUUUCCCAGUGUGUUCUGCUGAUAGCUUGCCUGCACUGUAGCCUAAAGCCCAUGUGCACUGUAUGGAUGUUGAUGUUACAGUGUGUAGUUUAAUUCUCUGCAAGCAUCCAAGAUGUCUAGCACACCUCAUGACCCUUUCUAUUCCUCUCCUUUUGGACCAUUUUAUAGGAGGCACACGCCAUAUGUGGUGCAACCAGACUAUCGGAUAUAUGAGCUGAACAAGCGACUGCAGACUCGCACGGAGGACAGCGACAACCUGUGGUGGGAUGCCUUUGCUACAGAGUUUUUUGAAGAUGAUGCAACAUUAACACUUUCGUUCUGCUUGGAAGAUGGACCAAAGAGAUAUACUAUUGGAAGAACCCUCAUUCCUCGAUAUUUCUGUACAAUCUUUGAGGGGGGAGUGACAGACCUUUACUAUGUCCUCAAACACUCAAAGGAGUCCUACCAUAAUUCAUCCAUCACCUUAGACUGUGAUCAGUGUACAAUGGUCACCCAGCAUGGCAAACCCAUGUUUACAAAGGUUUGUACCGAAGGGAGGUUAAUUCUGGAGUUUACAUUUGAUGACCUGAUGAGAAUAAAGACAUGGCACUUUACCAUCCGGCACUACCGUGAGUUAGUCCCCCGCAGCAUUCUAGCCAUGCAUGCACAAGAUCCUCAGGUGCUGGAACAACUGUCCAAAAACAUCACUCGAAUGGGGCUGACUAACUUCACUCUCAACUACCUCAGGCACCAUUACUGCAACCAAUGGGUUACUCAAUGGGAAUUCCCCUAUCUGAGGUGUUUGGAAAAAGAAGAAGAGGAUCUACAGAGGGAUGCCAGGCAGUUGUGUGUUAUAUUGGAGCCAAUGCAAGAACUGAUGUCCAGACACAAAACAUAUAAUAUCAGCCCAAGAGACUGUUUGAAAACCUGCUUAUUCCAGAAAUGGCAGCGAAUGGUGGCACCUCCAGGUCGAACCUCACAAUCAGCUGUUAUACCCUUUCUCCUACGUCACACCGCCUCAACCCCACAACCUCGCUCAGCGCGCCCAGCGCACAACGCGGAACCUACCAGACAACAGACAAAUAAACGAAGAAAGAGGAAGAAUUCAGCAAGCAGCACCUCAAACAGCAGUGUAGGAAAUACCAACAGUACAAACAGCAAGAAAAAGAGCCCUGCAGGGAACUUCAGUCUCUCCAGUCAGGUACCUGAUGUUAUGGUGGUGGGCGAACCUACACUGAUGGGAGGAGAGUUCGGGGAUGAGGAUGAGCGACUGAUCACUCGAUUAGAGAAUACGCAAUAUGAUGCAGCAAAUGGCAUUGAUGAUGAGGAAGAUUUCAAUAACUCUCCCGCACUGGGAAGUAAUAGUCCCUGGAACAGCAAAGCCCAGUCCAGUCAGGAGAGUAAAUCAGAAAAUCCCACACCACAAGCCUCUCAAUAAACAGGAACAUAUCACUUUUAUUAUAAAAUUUUGUGCUUUCCUUCUCUGUCCCAUCCUUUCUCCACGCUGCACCUGAACGUUUCUUGUUUGAAAAUGUUUGCAGUCAGCAGUAUUAAAAUAUUAAAACUUCUACUUUAAUUUAGUAAGUUCAUAUUUAAAGCUUUAAAAACCCACUUGGUAUUAUAAGCCAUGCAACCCAUUAUAUUUUGUGGGAAUCUUAGUGUGACAUGUUUGUGAUUUCUUUGAAUUGUUCCUAAGUUUGAACAGUUGCUAUCAUGGAAAUCUGGUAGUGAUUAUCGUUUAUAUUCAGGUUUUGCCGGAACCUUUGCUGGUCCAAUUUUUGCUUGUGUAUUUAUGUAAGCUUUUUGUAAGAGGCCUAACAGAUAAUUUAGAGCAGAAACUAUUUCAUUCACAUAAAUGUUCAGCACAAUAUGUGAAAAUUAGAAAUGAGUCUUUGUGUCAUUUUGCAGAUGUAUUUUAUGUAUGCUUUGCCAUUAAUUAAGUGUGCCAAUAAACAGUGGUAACAUGAA